AUGUCCCAACAAGAUUCGAUAACGGCUCGUGUUGUGCUAGUUAAUGUUUUAGAGACUGAGGCAAAAGAGUUAUCUAAAAAAAUACUUGAAAAGAAAUAUGCCGCUGCUAUCAAUAUUAUUACCUCGUUUUAUUAUACCAAAUUUGUUGAGUCCUUAGAGCAAAUACUAGUCAUUAAAACUGAAGAUUGGCAUGUUGAGGCACUUAUCAACUAUGUUAAAGAAAAUCAGACAUAUCAAGUUCCAGGAAUCAUCUCAAUUAAAAUUGAUGAAGGAAACACAAAAUAUCUGGCUUGGAUUAAACAAAUCACCUUACAAGCUGCUGCUGUUCAAAAUGAUCUCUAA